AUGUGCCCUGGCACCAGCUCACUUCCAAAACAUCGCAGCCAGUCCUCAGAUGGUACGCCAUGGACAACCUCUCAGCGACACUCAACCCCCAGCCGGACACGGUCAGGUCUGGUGGGGCAAGGCAUCAACGAGCCACUUCAAGUGGUCUCCGCCAUCUCAGGCGCCCAGUCAGCCUACGCAUCAGCAUACUCUGGGCCGCCACCAGGCGCGGCUAGAGACACAGUCAAAAGUACCACCCAGCCCCUGUCGGAAGUGUCAAACAAUCUCCACAAGCGACCAUUGGCCCGUCAGUCCGGUGCAUCGGGACCGAUCCCCUCCAGACUGCCCUACCGUUCAGUGCAGACAAACAGCUCGCCACAAAACGCUGGUUUCGGCAUUCUCGACGUACAGCAGAAGCUACUGUUGGCACUAUUGCUUUCUCUGCAAGAGUGCAUCCUUCAUUCGGCCAGUACAGCAGUCCCAUCGCCAUGGGGGUUCUCUCAGUGGCGGCUUCUUCUCUUAUCCACCACUUGCUGUGCCUUCUCUCUUACCGGCAUGCACGGCAGCCCUCACCUUGCCAUUCUCGCUGUCAAACUUUCGUCGACUCUCUUAUGUUGGUACGGCCCAUAA